UUUUUCCGGCGCACAAAAGCACAUGUUUUCAAUUCACUCCUGCUUCUCUAGUUCCGCCUUCCUCUGUCUUUUCCUUUCAUACUCUUUGCUUUUCCCUCUUCUGCAUUCUCUUGUAAAAGCCCUAGCUAGAUUUUUAAUUUAGGGUUUUGUUUUCUCGAUGUGUUUGUGCAUCAUUUAGGAACUGCCGGCUUACUGGCUUGAGUUAUGUUGAUUGUGUGUCACCAUGAGCCUCUGAUUUUUCUGCAUUUCUGCCCCAUUGUCAGCUUUAGUCGUGGGUUUCUAAGGGCGAAACUGUUUGAGCCCUGAAAUCUUUUCUCUGGUUUCUUCUCUGGCUUUGAAGUCUCUGUUACGGGUUAUCUAGACAUCUCUCUAAACAGAACCCUCACAAAACUCUGGUUUUUAGCAUACAUUUGAUAAAAUCUGAGCUUCUUAAUUGAAUAUCUGGGUUUAGUGGGUCUUAGAUCUUUUUGUUUUACUCUUUGCUUUGUGAUUAUAAAUUUAAUUUUCUCAGGGAUAGUGGUAGCUUUUAACAGCAUUAGGAGAAAUCCUGGGAAAAUCCCUGUUAUAUAUCUUCUGCUUCAACCGAGUUCUCAUUAAUAGCUCAAUAAGUUUGAGUCUUCUAGUAGAUUUGGGAGCAAAAACAGUGUAUUGGUCACAAAUCUAUUAGUAGAUGCAUGGAUGGGAGAGAAGCUAUGGCAUUCUCUGGAGGCCCCCCUUCAUAUUACAUGCAUAGAGGAGGCAUUGCCGGGCCUGUCUCUGGAAUACAUUCCGGAGGGUUUCAAGUGCCUCCUGGGUUCAGACCAAACACUGGCAUUCCAGCACAGUCUAAUGUACGAGCUAGCUCUAUGGGUUCUACUGUUACAGUAGAACCUGCUCGUCCUAAUUAUAGUCAUAGUCAUGGCAUUAGCGUUAGUUCGUCUCCUGGAGCACCUCCUUCGAGCGAGCGUGUGAAAAAGAAACGAGGAAGGCCUCGUAAAUACCGUCCCGAUGGAACCGUUUCACUGGGUCUGUCUCCCAUGUCUGCCCCUGCAAAUUCUACCCUCGCGUCGAGCACUCCAUCCCAGAAACGAGCUAGAGGUCGCCCGCCCGGAAGUGGAAGGAAACAACAACUAGCCUCGCUAGGUGAAUGGAUGAACAGUUCUGCAGGGAUGGCUUUUGCUCCUCAUGUUAUCACGAUUGGAGCUGGAGAGGACAUUGUAGCGAAGUUAUUGUCCAUCUCACGGCAGAGACCUAGGGCGCUCUGCAUCUUGUCUGGUACUGGGACAGUUUCAUCAGUUACUCUGCGGCAGCCUGCUUCUACUGCUGUCAGUAUCACUCUUGAGGGCCGAUUCCAAAUAUUACGCUUGUCUGGUUCUUACCUGGUUGCCGAAGACGGUGGACACCGCAAUAGAACUGGUGGUGUGAGUGUUUCCCUUGCCAGUCCUGAAGGUCAUGUUAUUGGUGGUGGGGUUGCUGUGCUUAUUGCUGCAAGCCAAGUGCAGGUGGUAGUGUGCAGUUUUAUUUAUGAAGGGUCCAAGACCAAGCAAGGGAGUGCCUCUCAGGGCGAUGCUUCUGAAGCUGAGCAUGACAAGUUAGCUACCCCGGCAAGUGCUCCGCCAUCUCAAAACUACAGUCAACCAUCAAGAGGCAUUUGGCCAUCUGAUCUAAAAAGUACACAUACUGGUAUUGACUUGAUGCAUGGAUAAAAUAUUUAGUUUUGAAUGGACAUUGCAGUUUUGUAUAGUACGCAGAUAUAUAACUUGUGUGUCGUUUGUAAAUGAACUGAAUUUACGAGCAUUGUAUUAAGCUAUGGAUGAUUGCCAGGUUUGCGCUAACGAUUUAUUGCUGUAACAGAUCCAUUAUUUUCAGGGUUCAUUCACUGUAUGGUAAGCAUUAGACGGAUUCAAAUAUUUAUUUGAGUGAAAACUAUGUUGGCUGGAAAGUUCUUGGA